AUGAGCCGGCAGGUGAAUGCCAAGUCUUUGGGCGGACGAAGGGGCUUUAGUGCCAGCUCUGCUGUUGCUUUUGGAGGGGUCAGGAACCAUACAUUCCCUCCCAGCCGAAGGUGCCUAGGAGGAGCAAGUGGAAAUGGCGGCUUUGGCAGCAAAAGCCUUUACAAUCUUGGGGGGACAAAAACGAUUUCCCAGAGCGUGGUUCCAGGAAGUGUCCAACGCAGAGGUGGAUUUGGGGGUAGCAGUGGGUUUUGUUAUGGUGGAUUUGCUGGUGGUGGGUUCAUCGAUGGCAGCUUUGGCAAUGAAAGAAACAGUCCAAGCUUUCUUUGUUGUCCACCGGGUGGAAUCCAAGAAGUGAUUAUUAACCAGAGCCUCCUGACACCACUUAACCUGGAAAUUGAUCCAGAGAUCCAGAAAGUACGCAAAGAAGAAAGGGAACAAAUCAAGAACCUGAAUGACAAGUUUGCUUCCUUUAUUGACAAGGUUCGAUUCCUGGAGCAGCAGAAUAAAGUACUGGAGACCAAAUGGAACCUCUUGCAACAGCACCCGAUCUCCCAAAUGAAGAACAGUGUCGAGCCUCUCUUUGAGGUCUACAUCAACAGCACUCGGAAGCACUUGGACUCUCUGCGCAGUGAGAAGGGAAGACUGGGUUCUGAGCUGAAGAAUAUGCAGGACUUAGUAGAAGAUUUUAAGCACAGGUACGAAGAAGAAAUCAACAAACGCACCUCUGCUGAGAAUGAAUUUGUACUGCUGAAAAAGGACGUGGAUGCGGCCUACAUGAACAAGGUGGAGCUGGAAGGCAAGGCAGCUUCUCUGAUGGAUGAACACAACUUCCUGAGACGCCUCUAUGACGCGGAGCUGGCCCAGAUGCAAGGACAGAUAAGUGACACCAGCGUCAUCCUCUCCAUGGAUAACAACCGGGACCUGGAUCUCGACAGCAUCAUUACAGAAGUGAAAGCUCAGUAUGAAGAUAUGGCGAGCAGGACCAGAGCGGAGGCUGAUGCUAUGUAUCAGAGCAAGUUUCAGGAACUUCAAGUUACAGCUGGGAAGCAUGAAGAUGCCUUGAAAAACUCCAAGAUGGAGAUUUCUGAGCUAAACAGACUCAUCCACAGACUGAGAGGAGAAACUGAAAAUGUAAAGAAACAGUGUGUUCAUCUUCAGUCAGCCGUUGCUGAGGCCGAAGACCGUGGAGAGAUAGCCCUCAAGGAUGCGAGGGAAAAACUGGCCGACCUGGAGAAUGCCACACAGAAAUCUAAGGAAGAGCUGGUUCGACUUGUGCAUGAUUACCAGGAACUCAUGAAUGUGAAAUUAACGUUGGAUAUUGAGAUUGCCACCUAUAAGACGCUCCUGGAAGGGGAGGAAUUCAGGAUGUCUGGAGAAUGUGGCAGUGCUGUAAAUAUAUCUGUAGUCAGCAACAAUAGCUCAGCCAGUGGAAGUGGCCUGAGCCAUGGAAGUGCGCUGAGUGUCGGAGGAGGUGGUUCGAGUUCUGGAAGCGGCCGGGGCAUUAUGGGAUACGGUUCUGGAGGAGGAGGCGGCGGCAGUGGCUCUUCUGGCCUGAAAAUCAUAUCAACCUCUACAAGCAAAAGAACUACCCUAAGAUGA